UUGGGCUGGGCACCAUUGCAUUGUGGGGAGGGAGGCUGGGGCUCUGCAAGACGUGCUCCUGUAACCACCAGCUGCUCCUUGGCCCUCUCCAGUGGCCCACCAGGGCAAUGCCCCCCACAGCCAUCUGAUGCCCAUCACCACUGCCCUGGGGCAGCUGAGCUGAGCGGAUGUGCCGCACUGUCCAGGAGACCCCUCUGCUGCUCCAUUUCACGGCCCCCGUGAUGGUUCGCUGGCCUCCCUUCAGCCUCUGCCUCCUCCUGCUGCUGCUGUCCCCACCGCCACUGCCCUUGACAGGGGCCCAUCGCUUCUCCGCACCCAACACCACCCUCAACCACUUGGCACUAGCAGCUGGGCGAGGCACGCUCUACGUCGGCGCGGUGAACCGCCUCUUCCAGCUCAGCCCCGAGCUGCAGCUCGAGGCCAUGGCUGUCACUGGCCCUGUCAUCGACAGCCCCGACUGUGUGCCCUUCCGUGACCCGGCCGAGUGCCCGCAAGCGCAGCUCACCGACAAUGCCAACCAGCUACUGCUGGUUAGCAGCCGCACCCAGGAGCUGGUGGCCUGUGGGCAGGUGCGGCAGGGCGUGUGCGAGACACGGCGCCUUGGGGACGUGGCCGAGGUGCUGUACCAGGCCGAGGACCCUGGUGACGGGCAGUUUGUGGCUGCCAAUACCCCAGGAGUGGCGACGGUAGGGCUGGUGGUGCCCUCGCCCACCCAGGACCUCCUGCUUGUGGCCAGAGGCCUGGCGGGCAAGCUGUCGGCAGGGGUGCCACCCCUGGCCGUCCGCCAGCUGGCGGGGCCUCAGCCCUUCUCCAGUGAGGGCCUGGGACGCUUGGUGGUGGGCGACUUUUCCGACUACAAUAACAGCUACGUGGGGGCCUUUGCGGACAACCGCUCUGCUUACUUUGUCUUCCGCCGCCGAGGGGCCCGGGCCCAGGCUGAGUACCGCUCCUAUGUGGCCCGCGUCUGCCUGGGGGAUGCCAACCUGUACUCCUACGUGGAGGUCCCCCUGGCCUGCCAGGGCCAGGGCCUCAUCCAGGCCGCCUUCCUUGCCCCAGACACCUUGCUAGGGGCAUUCGCUGCUGGCCCAAGGGGUACCCAGGCAGCGCUCUGCGCCUUCCCCAUGGUGGAGCUGGGCGCAAGCAUGGAGCAGGCACGAAGACUUUGCUACACGGCGGGCGGCCGAGGCCCCAGUGGCGCAGAGGAAGCCACCGUGGAGUACGGUGUCACGUCUCGCUGUGUCACCCUGCCCCUUGACUCUCCUGAGUCGUACCCCUGUGGUGACGAACACACCCCCAGCCCCAUUGCUGGCCGCCAAGCCCUGGAGGCCCAGCCUCUGCUGCAGCUCACGCAGUCAGUCAGCGCCGUGGCAGCCCUCCAGGCAGACGGGCACAUGAUCGCCUUCCUGGGGGACACCCAGGGCCAGCUGCACAAGGUCUUUCUGCACGGCUCCCAGGGCCAGGUUUACCACUCCCAGCAAGUGGGACCUCUGGGCUCAGCCAUCAGCCCAGACCUGUUGCUGGACAGCAGUGGCAGUUAUCUCUAUGUCCUGACUGCCCACCAGGUGGACCAGAUACCUGUGGCAGCCUGCCCCCAGUUCCCUGACUGUGCCAGUUGCCUCCAGGCCCAGGACCCACUGUGCGGCUGGUGUGUCCUCCAGGGCAGGUGUACCCGGAAGGGCCAGUGCAGGCGGGCAGGCCAACCGAACCAGUGGCUGUGGAGCUAUGAGGAGAACAGCCACUGCCCACACAUCCAGAGUCUGCUGCCAGGCCACCACCCCCGCCAGGAGCAGGGUCAGGUCACCUUGUCUGUCCCCCGGCUCCCCACCCUGGCUGCAGAUGAAUACUUCCAUUGUGCGUUCGGGGACUAUGACAGCUUGGCUUACGUGGAAGGGCCCCAUGUGGCCUGUGUCACCCCUCCCCAAGACCAGGUGCCACUUAGCCCUCCAGGCACAGACCACGUCACCGUGCCUCUGGCCCUGGUGUUCGAGGAUGUGGCUGUGGCUGCCACCAACUUCUCCUUCUAUGACUGCAGUGCUGUCCAGGCCUUGGAGGGGGCUGCCCCGUGUCGCGCAUGUGUGGGCAGCAUAUGGCGAUGUCAUUGGUGCCCCCAGAGUAGCCACUGCGUGUAUGGAGAGCACUGCCCAGAGGGCGAGAGGACCAUCUACAGUGCCCAGGAGGUGGAUGUCCAGGCGCGUGGCCCAGGGGCUUGCCCACAGGUCGAAGGCCUGGCAGGCCCCCACCUGGUGCCUGUGGGCUGGGAGAGCCAUUUGGCCCUACUGGUGCGGAACCUUCAGCAUUUCCGAGGCCUGCCUGCCUCCUUCCACUGCUGGCUGGAGCUGCCUGGAGAACUUCGGGGGCUGCCAGCUAUCCUGGAGGAGACAGCAGGGGACUCGGGCCUCAUCCACUGCCAGGCCCAUCAGUUCCACCCCUCCAUGUCCCAGCGGGAGCUCCCAGUGCCCAUCUAUGUCACCCAGGGCAAGGCCAAGCGGCUGGACAAUGCCCAUGCCCUUUAUGUAAUCCUGUAUGACUGUGCCAUGGGCCACCCAGACUGCAGCCACUGCCAAGCGGCCAACGGCAGCCUGGGCUGCGUGUGGUGUGCUGACGGGCAGCCUGCCUGUCGCUACGGGCCCCUGUGCCCACCAGGGGCCGUGGAGCUGCUGUGUCCUGCCCCCAGCAUUGAUGCGGUCGAGCCCCUGACUGGUCCCCCUGAGGGAGGCUUGGCCCUCACCAUCCUGGGCUCCAACCUGGGCCGGACCUUCACCGACGUGCAGUAUGCCGUGAGUGUGGCCAGUCGGCCAUGCAACCCUGAGCCCUCUCUCUACCGCACCUCGGCCCGGAUUGUGUGUGUGACAUCUCCUGCCCCCAACGGCACCACUGGGCCUGUCCAGGUGGCCAUUAAGAGCCAGCCACCGGGUAUCUCAAGCCAGCACUUCACCUACCAGGACCCUGUCUUGCUGAGCCUGAGUCCUCGCUGGGGCCCCCAGGCAGGGGGCACCCAGCUUACCAUCCACGGUCAGCACCUCCAGACAGGCAGCACCUCCAGCGCCUUUGUGGGUGGCCAACCCUGUCCCAUCCUGGAGCCAGUGUGUCCGGAGGCCAUCGUGUGCCGUACCAGGCCCCAGGCUGUCCCAGGAGAAGCAGCGGUCCUUGUGGUGUUUGGCCAUGUGCAGCGCACACUGCUCACCAGCCCCUUCCGCUACACUGCCAACCCCCAGCUUAUAGCAGCAGAGCCCAGCGCCAGCUUUCGGGGGGGUGGACGGCUGAUCCGAGUCAGGGGCACUGGCCUAGAUGCGGCACAGCGGCCCCUACUGUCUGUGUGGUUGGAGGCUGACGGCAUGGUGCAGGCUUCCAGGAUUCAGCCCCGGGACCCAGAGCCAAGGAGGAGCUGUGGAGCCCCUGCUGCAGACCCCCAGGCUUGUAUCCAGCUUGGUGGGGGGCUCCUGCAGUGCUCCACCGUCUGCUCUGUCAACUCGUCCAGCCUUCUCCUCUGCUGGAGCCCUGCCGUGCCAGACGGGGCCCGCCUGAGGCGGGUCUUCUUCACCCUAGACAAUGUGCAAGUGGAUUUCGCCAGUGCCAGUGGGGGCCAGGGCUUCCUGUACCAGCCCAACCCCCGCCUGGCACCCCUCAGCCACGAGGGGCCCACCCGCCCCUACCGCCUCAAGCCAGGCCACAUCCUGGACGUGGAGGGUGAGGGCCUCAACCUGGGCAUCAGCAAGGAGGAGGUACGUGUGUACAUCGGCCGCGGUGAGUGCCUGGUGAAGACACUCACGCGCACCCACCUGUACUGUGAGCCACCUGUGCGUGCCCCACAGCCCGCCAAUGGCUCCGUGCUGCCACAGUUUGUGGUGCAUAUGGGCAACUUGCAGCUGGCCCUGGGCCCUGUACAGUACGAGGCCGAGCCCCCACUGUCCGCCUUUCCCGUGGAGGCCCAGGCAGGCCUGGGCAUGGGCGCUGCUGUGCUGAUUGCCGCCGUGCUCCUCCUCACCCUCAUGUAUAGGCACAAAAGCAAGCAGGCCCUGCGGGACUACCAGAAGGUGCUGCUGCAGCUGGAGAGCCUGGAGACCGGCGUCGGAGACCAGUGCCGCAAGGAGUUCACAGACCUCAUGACGGAGAUGACCGACCUCAGCAGUGACCUGGAGGCCAGCGGGAUCCCCUUCCUGGACUACCACACCUACGCUGAGCGAGCCUUCUUCCCUGGCCACGGCAGCUACCCGCUGCAGCCCCAGCCCGAGGGGCUGGGGGAGGAUGGCCGCUGCGCCACUGUGCGCCAGGGCCUCACGCAGCUCUCCAACCUGCUCAACAGCAAGCUCUUCCUCCUCACG